CCUCUUUAGCUGUUCAUUCGUCUGUUCGGUAUUUUUCCUCUUUCACACCUCGCAGAUCUUCAGCUACAUGACAAUUUGCGCCAUGACUGCCCCGAAACCAGCUUCUCGAGGCCGAACCAAGGUGAAGACGGGGUGCGCAACAUGCCGGUCAGCCAAGACUCCACUAUUUCAUGCUCGCAAUGUCUAUACUUACCGAAAAUAGAAUCAGAAAGAUCAAGUGUGACGAGGCUAAGCCUUUCUGUGAGAGAUGUGUCAAGACUGGCCGGAAAUGCGAUGGUUAUGAGUCUGUCUUUAGACCUUUCUCCAGCCAGACUGCCAGCACGACGCAGCCAAGCUUGGUUGAUGCAAGUUCUGCGCAUGAUCCCGCUAUCGAAGAACUUCCACUGAGUACCAGCGACCUUAAUCGUUAUUUCUCUACCAAAACAAUUUUCGACGUUGACCUGAGCUGCAAUGAAGAGGCAGAGCAGGUCCUCCAAGCUAGCUUGACUCACGAUUCAAUACGCCAUGCUCUGCUGUCACUGAGGGCUCUUCGUGGAAAUCUCGAGUCAAAGAAAGAAGGAGAUGUAUGUGAGGCUGACGAACAGCAGAAAUUGAGUUACAACUAUGGUCUUCAGCAAUACAGCAAGGCUUUGACUAGCCUUGCAUCCAAUCUCGCAUACCCCAGCCCCGGCAGCCUGAAAUCUGCAUUGCUUUGUUGCCAAGUCCUGAUCAGCGUUGAGCAAGUCCGUGGUAACUUCUCGGCCAUGGGACUGCACAUAAUUCGUGGGCUGAAUAUCCUGCGCAAGUACCGCGCCAGACCAUACCUGACUGCAGAUGGCAUAAUGCCCGCGCGUCAUAAUGGCCUACCCUCCUUAGACAUCUUUAUUAUAAAGCUGUUUGCUGCCCCUUGCAGGUUCACAGAACAACACCCCUCAGCAUAUUCCAGCAUAAUGACGCCACCUACUGAGACGAAUGAUCGAAAACUGGCACCAAACAUGCGAGCGGAACUCACGAAAGUCGCGACGUCAACUAUCGUGCUUCUUGAAAAGACUGCGAUGGUCCAGCCGGAGAAUCAGGCUCAUUCACUUCUUUCCGAAAGACGGGCCUUGCUUGAUGGCUUGCACUCAUGGCUUGGGUCUCUUGAGACUCUUCAGAAGGAGACACUGCCGGGAGAGCCCGAGUCUAUCUCUGACAAAUUCCUGCGCAUCUUGUAUCUAAUACUGAAAAUCAUUCUUCUUGGAACUUUAGAAACUUCACCAGAUCUUGAUUCCAAGCUAAGGGAGGAAAACAAUCAACUGCAAGAGUUGGCGAAUAUUGUUAACGAACGACUGAAGGACUAUGAUAUGCGUCGGGGAAUUGGUAGUAGCUUAGCAAAGCAAUCUAGAUAGACGAAUGACUCAUUACAUGCCGC